AUGAAGACAUCAUCAUCGUCAACGACGAUACCAGGAAUAACGGGAGGAGAAAGAGGAGGAGAAAGAGGAGGAGGAAGACGAAGGAAAGUUUCCAUCUUCAUAUGUCUUCUGUGCAUUCUUUUCUUAUGUGUGGUGUUCACGUAUCAUCGCGCGAGCACGUUCUCACCUUCCCAGGACGACGACGUGGGAGGACGAGUGGUAGGUGUUGGAGGAAGGGACGAUGGUGAUGAUGAUGUCACGAAGAACACGUACGAGAACGCAGAUGAUGCGAUGAGUAUCGGGGCGAAAGAGGAGAACGCGUUCGCUGUUGAGACGACCGCGACUCCAUCGGCGGAGGAAAGCUUUCGAGAAGAAGAAGAAAAACAAGAAGAGAAAACAGAGGACAGCAAAAGAGGAGCGACGAGAACAGAAGACGAAGAAGAGAACGACGAAGAUGAACGGUCGUCUCCUCCUGUGAUAACAACAACAAUGAUAACAAAAACGACACCAAAAGGAAAUAGAAAACGACCAGACGAGCGGGAAAACGUUCCGGGAAAGUACGACGCGGAGACGGCGCCAAAGCCGCCGUUUAAAGUACCUCCGGUGUACAUACCGAGAAGUAUCGCAGAGGCUUUAGAGGAAACGGGGAGAGGACCUACGCGACCAUGUAAGUGCGUGCACAGCAAGAAGGAAGCGAUGUAUUAUUAUUUAGGGAGUAAUAGCAGUGGGGGUGGUAGUGUCGGUGUUGAUGACGAUGAUAGCAAUGAUCUUAGUAAUACUAUUGAGGAAAUAGAAGAAGGAGAGGGUGAUAGCGAUAGCAACGACAAAGAUGAUGCGGAGGAAAUGCCAAAAACGCAGCAAGCACAACCGUCGAAAACGAAAAUGAAAAACGCCAAGAUAACGUUUGUGAUCUUUCACGUUGCCAAUAACGAAGAACACGAACUGUCGCAGGCGCAAGUAGAUGGGAUAACGAUGGUUUUGACGAGCGCCAUUAAUAAACACGACAGGUGUCGAUUAGUUGUUUUGACGGACACGAUGACAGAUUUUACGCCCUUAACGAACAAUUUUCCGGAAGUUUUAGAGGUGCGAAGACACGAGUUUGCUCAAAUAACGAAAGGGUGGACGACAUAUUUGAGGGCCACGGCAGAGAAACAGUUCAUAUUUGACGAAAUUGAACAAAAACCGCAGCAUUUGCGCGACAACAUCGUCUUCAUGGACUCGACCGAUGUAAUUUUCGCAAAAUCGAUAAAAAACGUCUUUCGGGACGAAGAGACGAAAGUGCCGCACACGUUCGGCGCGGCGUGGACGUAUAGAGAUGGGUCGUCUGGCGCGAAUAAGAAAUGGCCGAUCAAUUUUGGCGUACGUUUUGUCAACGCCGAGCGCAUCGCGGAAGCUGCUUUACUCUCCGCCUAUUUCGUCCACGCGUACGAGUGGUUUUUUUACACGGAAAGACCAAACAUGCGGGCCGACUCAACUCAGUUUUUCUGGGAACAAGACGUGGCCAACUGGCUCGCCCGACGGUUUAAACGCUUCAAAAACCGCAAAGCCGGCGACAGAGGUAAAUUCGUGGAUGCGUCUGCCCCUAUUCGAUACGUCGUUGACAGUAUAAACGAAGAAGAGAAAGGAUUCCGCUGUCGGCACGUGUCCGCGCGUUUCUACCCUUGCUUUUUAUUCAAUGCAAAUCCGCCGCAAACAUUCCCGAUCAAACGAUUGAACAGUGGCCGCAAAAACGUUGGAUGUCCAGCGACGACGAAAACGAGCGUCUUUCACAUGAAAGGCGCGUUAAAAAGAAAAAUGCAAGACGUGUUCAAUUAUUACGGCAAACCGGAGAUCAACGAUAAAGACGGGACGAAACCCAAAGCGCGACGAGCGAAGAAGCGUUUCGACGAUAACAACAACAACAACAAUAACAACACAGUUAUCGAGUACUUUGGUGUCAUGAGCGAGGAAGACGUGAAAUCUCGUUUCAGCUUUUGCGAGAGCAUGAAGUCAUCCUCCUCCGCCUCGCCGGCAAUCGAUGAUGAUGAUGAUGAUGAUGAUGAUGAUGAUGAUGAUGAUGAGAAAUAG